AUUUAAUCCUUGGAGACCUUCUGGCAAACUCCAGAAGAGCUGCGUGAAGUUACAAGCAAGUCGUUGAUGCCACAGGAAGUCUGACCCCUCGUUCUGAUUCAUAACGGUGCCGCAGUGACAAGAUGGCGCACCUGGAUAACUCCACCCAGCCUUCCACAAGCUCUCCUCUUGACGUACAGCCUGCGCAAAGCGGCGGGAACGCAUACUUGUACAUUUUAAUGGUCAUCGGCUUCUACGGAGUCUUCCUGUGUGGCAUCAUGCUGGGCUACUUCCACUCCAAGAGAAAGGAGAAGAGGAGGACCAACAUCUUCACGCGGCUGGUGCACGAGGAGGAGCAGCGGGAGUGGGGCGCGCUCCCCAAGAAGCACAGCCUCUGCUUCUCCGCGGAGGCCGCCGGGGGAGCGCGCUCGCUUAACCUGGCCUUGCCGUUCUGCGGUAACCACGACAACCCCUUCGGGCAUCUCCGGCAGCAGAGCCCGCUACCCUCUCCGCUCGCGUGCGCGCUCUGCGCGGAGCAAAGCAGUGUCAGCUCCCUGUGCUCCUCCGCGGACACGCGCUUGGCCAUCGAGGAGGAGGAGUCGGACAGCGGUAACGGGGAGGGGCCGGAGGAGACCCCCAAGAGGGCGGCGGAGAACAGCGGGGAGGACUCCGGCUGAAAAAAACAUCAACAACAACAAGGAAGGAAUGACGCGCAACAAGCCCCGUCAGAAGUGAGUGAAGCAAAGACUAGAACCGGAGCCAAAUGAUGCUCAAAACCCAGAGGUGGGAAAAAAGUGCUCUCAUUUUGCAAUUAAGUGGAAUUACAGGCCAUUGUGUACAAAAAGAGCCUUCUGAUUCAAGUCGUGUAAUUAAAGUCAGACUCUGAAAAAGGAGAACAUUUAAAAGUACAAAUAAACGUUGACUGUCAAUUGCAUACAAAUUUAAUACUUGGCACAGAAAAAAAGCACACAAAACAGUUAACCUCUGAUCCACUUGCAUCACUAUAUAAAAAAAAAAAAAAAAACAAGACAGAGCACGCUCUAAGAUAAUCGUAACAGAAAAAUUGUUCUGACAUCAAGUAUCAAAAUGGCUGUCUUUUGGUGUAUUGCAGCAACAUAAUGAAAGUGACAGCUUGAAUCUCAAAGAAGGACCACUUGUAAAAUAAGCACAAAAAAGGAACUCAAAACGGAUUGGUGUCGGCAACAAUGCCAAUCCAUUUUCGGGGGUUGUGAAAAUUUGAUGCCCUACACCCGACCACAAUUGGUGUUCGGGAGUGUAAAAAGUUGUAUUCUCUUCUGUUUUCGUUGGUAAAAAAGAAAAAAAAACUUAUAUCCUACCCGUUUACGAUCUCAAACCCACCCAUGCUUGCAUAAAAUAGAUCACUGGGGGGCUUUGCACGGUACCGGUAAGUCUACGUGGGGCUAACAAGCCAGCAAAACGCAACUGAGUGGGACUUUUUUUUUCAUACAUAUCCUUUAUUUAAUGCAGAUGUGUAGAAUAGACUUCCUUCAUUUGCUUAAUAAUGCUGUUUUGGAGUAGUGAACAGGAAAACACACCCAAGAAGUCCUGUUUUGCUUUCUCUAUUGAUUGUAUAUACUGUAUUCUUUUUCUGUGCUAUUUAGUGUAUUUGCAUUGAAAUAAUAAUAAAUAGCUUGAAAAUAUG